UUUUGGUUGGUUGGGUGGUUGGUUGAUUGAUUCAUUCGACAUUUUAAUGUGUCAUGAACUGCAUUAUGUUUUCAUUUACGAGUUUAAUUUAAGCACCACCGCUGUGGACAGCGACUUGUCUUGCAGUUUCGCCUUGGUGCUGUUUAACUUAAAGUUAGAAAAAGUAUAAGUUACAGACCAACACAAGUUACAACUUAUAGUGCAAAAAAUUGUAGAUAGAUAAAAAAAAUUUAUACAAAAAAAUACAUAAAUAAAUAAAUUAUGAAUACAGAAAAUAUAAUCCCCCGUCCUAAACGUAGCUCUUUCUGAUAAGGAAACACUGUUGUAGAGGGACAGCCAAAUAACACUUAUGGGUUCUAAACGUAGAAAUAUAUGCAGUUAUAAAUAGUCAGUAAGCUUAUCUGCUUGCUGACAGGCAGGAACAGCACAACAUUUCACUGUUACAGACUGUGACACCACAAUUCCUAAUCACAUUAACCACAUUAACUCACCUCACCAGUUGGGAGAUUGAGUAUGCAAAUUUGUUUGUGGUCACAGCAUCACAAACAUGAGCAAUCCAGCAAUAAAUUAUAUUAGCUAUAGGCAGUUAUUAAUAGGGUUUAAACCUCAAUAAUAUUUGAUAUAUUUAAUAGAAUAUUGGACUGUUAUUUUAAUACAGCAAGGACAGCUUGAUUUUCAUUCCCUUUGUUUUGUUUUUGUUCCCCAGCAAUGAUUGAUAAGUUCUUAUGGUAAUCAUUCAUCACUAAACUAAAUCAUGAUUGCAAUACAUUUUAAUGCAACUAAAUAGAAAAUAGAAAAAAUAAAUCAUCUUAAAUAUAAUAAUAUUUAUAAAAUAAUAUUAAAGAAAUAAAAAAAUCAACACAAAAAUUGUGAGCUACUGUAUAUCUAUGUGAGAGAGGGCAGGGAUUAAAAUAUUCCUGAUUGAGUAUAUUUUUGCUUGAGGGAAAUAGAGGAACAGGAUUAUAGACAGAAAACAGAUAGAGAAUUAUAGAAUGUGCAUGUGAUAGCGGAACUGGCUUAUAAAGCUCACAAACAGUCUGUCCUCACACAAGACUUCUUAUAGAUGCCACCAUAUUUGCAUUUUCCACUGCUAUCAAAGAUUGUAAGGAAAGUGAGUGGGAGGUGGGGUUUGAGGCUGAACUGAGUGGUGUGGGUUAGACUGGGGUGGAGGCUGUAAAAAUGGUUUGUAGUAUAAGGUGAACAUGUAAACCUAUAGGAAUUGUAUAACACUUCAUAUGAAGCCCAUGCUUAUAAUCAAUUAUAGCCCCAUUAUAAUUAUUUAUAAGCAAGUAUUACUGCACUAUACAUACAUUAUAAAGACACAUAAAGACCUAUACUUCAUUAUAAUAACAGUUAUAGCUACAUUUAUAUUAUUGUUAUAAUUACUUAUGUGAUACACUUGCUUUUUCAGUGCCCAUGCUCAUAAUUCAUUUUACACCAAUUUCUAAGUACUAGGCUAUAAUUCAUUAUAAGCAUGGGCUUUAUAGAAAGUGUUACCUUUUUUUUCCUCUUCAAAUCUAAUGCCUGAUGAAUUCAGUUUUAGCACCAUGAGCAGAAGUGACCCAUGAAAUGAAAGACUGAUUGAGUAAGACUGACCUUGAGUUGCACUCCCAGUGCUCAGGCCCAUAUGGAGUCCUUGACACGGAUCAGACUAGUGGAAAUGAGGCAAAGCUUGGGUCCACAUGGCCUGGCUAGAAGAAUGAGAUAUGGAUUAGAGCUCUGUGAGGAUAGUUUGCAGUCCCAGUCCAAAUAAUAGUGAAUAGCCAGCAUCCUCUUGUAUAUUCUGCAUCCUGUUAUAUAUCCUCAUAAUUUUUCGCAUUUUCCCUGAUUUUUUUUCUUCUGUAAAACAGACUUUCAUGUCUCAUUAGCAUUUAUUUUCUUCCUAUGCUGAGAUUCAUCUCUUGAAGCAUUGUUUUUUCACUUUAAAAUAAAAGAAGUCAGCUCUCUGAAGUCUCUUGUUAUGCAAAUUACACAGUGUGAAUUAAUAACUGUGGUUACCUCUGGCACUUCCUUUCUUCCUUUCUUUUAUCACGAAAUGAGGAUAUUAUUAAUAAAUAUUCACAAACACUGUUUAGUAUCCAGGUCACAUUAGCAGAACUUUAAUUAAUUAUACAAUUAAUAUAUUUUUAUCUUUAUAUCCAUCAAUUCUCGGCUCUAGGUUUAACUUUUUUUAUGCACUCCUUAUGUUUGUUGCAGCACAGAACUGUGUAACAGUGAGUGUAACAGAUUGCAUGUAUUUUAAUCUUAGCUUGUGUUUUCAGUUGGCGUAAUGGCAAACUGAGUCAUAUUUUACACACACAGAGGAAGUGUUGCACCAGUUUCUACAAUCAUGUGCUUAAUGAAACUGUAGGCAUGCUGAGAGGUAGACUAUGAGAGUGAAUGUGUGUGCUUCUUAUCUCAAGUAUUACUGUCUCUAGGUAAACAGAUCAAAUAAUUUACCACAUCAAUAUACCACAUCAAACCAUCUGAGACGACUGUGUCUCAAGGUGAAGCCCUGAUCUCUUCCCUUAUAAGGAAAUCUGAAACAAAUGGUUAAAGGACCAUAAUACUUUAUUUUUUCUGUUGAGUUAGUCUUUAAGUAUCUUUCUACAUGUUUGAGCUUUCUUGUUUAUAGUAGAUGAUAAGAUGAUAAGAUCUGGUCUACGUGCAUUUUUCUAUUACUAUUUCUAUGACAUAGUUUAAGCAGUAGGUGUAGACUGGAUUUUUCCAGUAAGAGGUCGUGUUGAUGGGUGAAUAGCAUUAGAUAAUUCUGCAUUGUGUGAGUUUGGUAUGGGUUUCUCUGCAGAGGGCUGCAGGUGGCAGACUGCGUUAAGAUGAACAGACUACAGCCUGAAGGCAGGAAGUGCUCACUAGCUCCCUCUAUCAGUAGUGGUGGUGCCUGCUUGCUAUUUAACAGCACAUCAGAUCCUCACUAUAAAAUUCAGCUCAUGUUGGACCAGUAGGGGUCACUUUUAUUUCAUGGCAUUGCUUUAUUCUGUCUCUCUGUCUAGCUCCCUCUGACUCUAUUUGUAUGUGAAUUAAUUGAUUUGCCUCAAAGAACAAGUACUUUUUCCAUAUUUUCCACUCUUAUUAAACUAUACAUUAAGAUCAUGUGCUGAUAUUUCACUCAAGGGGUAAAAAAAGAGAUAACAUUAAAGUGAAUAUUUUAAUGUAGUAUGAAUGGAAGCAAUAGUGGAAAUAUAUACCAAGGGAAUGCUUCUUGUGGAUCUUAGUCACAUUGUUGUGAGAAAGGGAAUGAGGAAGCUGGAUGACUCAGAGCUGGGAGUGGACAUACUGGUGUGAACAGCAGUCAGGUCAUUGUUCAUCCUCCAUCAUCUUAUUUGCCUAUGACAAUGUGUAAUGAGGCUUUCAGGUCACUCACCGGUGAAUGACGAAUUAUAGGGCAGAGGGGGAUCAGGUGAAUCUCUGUGCAUGUGCUCAGGGGACAGUUGGAAAGCAGGUACUGAUCCAGGAAAGGCACUGAAGCUCAUCUGUUAGAAGGGGAUGAAAACACAGUUUUAGAAUAACAAUAACCAGUUUUUCUUAAUGCCAAUGCUUUUUUAUUUCUUGCAUAUUAAUCCAUAAUAAAUAGCAUAUUGUCUUUGAUGGCGUCCAGCAAUUAUUGAUAAUAUCGCUGCCAAUGGCAUCAUGCUUGUCAUCUCAUAGAUCACUAACUAGCCAAGCCGAGUCUCUGUUCUAACUCAGUGGACCUGCAUCGUACAUCAACCAAUGUAAUAUAACAUAUUUAAUAUAUGCUUCAAGACUGGGGGUUCUUUUAAUUAACAGUCUGCUUCAGCUGACUGGAGAAAGCAGAGAGAAAAAAACAGGGAGGGAAGGAAGGGAAAAAUAAAUCUGAGCGAAGGAAAGAAGGUGGGGGAGAGACAGACAGGGGAGAAAUUGAGCAGGAAGAGAAGUGAUGCAUUAGAGAGAGAGGUGCUUUUUUAAGCUUUCUAAAAGUGGCCUGUGUGCCUGGGUGCAUCCUUGCUGGGGGCAGUUCCGGUUCAGCCUGUCUGUGCUGCCUCUCUCAGAUGGGUUCACUUCUGUCCAAAUUCAGCACACUUACAUAAGGGAGGUCAGGAAAAGGCAAGGGACUCAUUUAUUUUUAAUGACGAGACAGGAAGCAUCAGAACACAUUCAGGGGACAGAAAAAAAUAUGAAUGAGUAUAACUUUACAAAAAUAUAUAAUAAUUGCAGUAAGAAUGUCAGGCAUGCUUAUAAAAACUGAUAACUGCCCAUAGAAGCUUUCCCAAUCACCUCUAUAUAUCACAGACACAUUUCUCUGUCUUGUUUUUCAAGUGACGUGAAGUUUGAAGAUGGACUGAAAAGCCUUCUCCUUCGAGAAAUGUUUGGAUGCUCACUUCAUGUGAAAUUUUAUUUAUUUCCGGAGAGAGACCCCAAUGUCUUAAUCCGUCUUCCCCAGAUUGAAGCAAAUAUCAUUUGAUGAGAUCAUUAAAAGAAAGGGUAUACAGAUGAGGGAGGGAAAAUGUUGCCUGUGUUCCACACUGCAGGAGUCAGGUGUGUGUGUGUGUGUGUGUGUGUGGCCUGCUGGUGUGUGUAAUUUAGGUUUACACCCAUUUACCACCCACUAUCAGAAUCAAAUAAAAACACACAGGUCUCUGCAGCGAAAAAUGCACUACACCUGCAAAUGUCACGGUUAAUUGUUUAUUACAUACCAAAAAGCCAGAUGCUAAUGAAUGUCAAUGAAAUGCCAGUUUAAUUAUGAUUUUUUUUUCAUGUCAGCUUGUUGCAUGAAAAAGUGAUGGACACCAGAGUUGUUUUCAAGCUACUUUAUUUCGAAACAGCAUUUUUGGCAAUUUUUUGCAUCAGACAGCUUGUUAAUUUCAUUACUGAACAGAAGGAUGUAGAACAGAAGGCCAGAGAAGGACACAGCGGGAGGUGGGAGACAUACAUAUAUAUAUAAUGUAUUCAGUUAGUUGCAUGGUCAUUGACGUUGAGGAACUAGCAAGGUGUUUAACAAUUUAUAGGCACUUCAUUGCCACAAUAUCAGCCUGAUGGAAAACAAUGCAAUGCAUAUGCGAUAGAGUGGUUAUGGGUGACACUGUGCAAUAUUUGGGGCUGGACGUUGCAAAGCUGUCUUUUUGUCAGCAAAAGUUGUGAUAAUUGACAUUUUCAUCAGUGCUUGCGCUGCACAUCACUGGUAAAAGUUUCCUAACUAGUAUGGACUACAUGCAACGUGUGUCAUAUUUCCGGACCUGAAGUGGCCACUGCCUGCUACCACACCCCCAUUUUUACCGACUCAUUAUAAAAUAGUUAUAUUAUUUUAAUAGUAUCAAAAGUUUAAUAGUAACUUUUGAGUUUAUCAUUGGAGUUGUGGUUGCUCCGCAAAAUGUUCCAUUUUUCGGUUUUCACAAUAUUGACGAAUUCUUUUUUUAAUCACCUAUGCAGUCAGGGGAAGAAAAAAAAAACAUUUCUUGUGUUGAAGCAGCUCCCAAAGAAAUUAUUAUUACAUUAUAUUAAUCAAAAAGUCAUUUUAAAAAGCUGUCACUGGAACUUUCACUACAUUAAUUUAAAGUAUUCAUAUUGUAGAGGGAGUAGUCGAUUUUAUUCGUGUAUUUCCAUUAUUAUUUGAAUAACAAAACUUGUGAGAAUUCAGAGUUUUCGGCAGGGUUGGGGGUUUUCAAAAAUACAAAGAAAGAUGCGAUUUAUAAAUAAUGUGAUUAAGAAAAUGUGAUUAAAAAGAUUUAUGCUGAACCAGGGCGUGAUCAAGACUCGCAUGUUAAGUGUUAUUGAAGGAAAAGCAGUUAAUGCGUUAGUGUGCUUAUGAUAGAGUAAAAACGCAAACGUAUUGCCUUUACGCACAUUAAAGUCAAGUUUCCACGUAGACUGAAUUAUUUGAAGGAAAGCCUGCUUUAUUUGCGAGGUCUUUGAGCGCUGCUGUGUUGCACGUUUUGAAAAAGCAUGGAAGCAUAGAAAUAAGGUGUAAUCAUAAGUAGAAGAGAAAGGGGGAGGGGUGGUGUGGGUGUGCGUGUAUGUGAGAGAGAGAGAGAGAGAGAGAGAGAGAGAGAGAGAGAGCACCAGCGGCAGGGAAACACACCCGUUAACGGCGCGCGAAGGCAAAAAAAAAGAAGAAAAAACAAAGAAGAAAAAAGGCGAGAGAGAGCGCGGACAAAGAAAACAUGGACGCAGCCACUCAGUAUGUCCGUGCACAUCUACAACUGAAUUUGCUACCAAACCGUCGAGUACAAGAAAUGGAGAACAAUUAGGCCAAAUUAAUGCCGUGGUGGGAAGCGAGUCAUUGCUGCAAAGAGAAUUGUUUUUUUAAUCCGUCUGCGGAUUCCGGGAGCUUGCGAUGGCUGUUGCAGGGAGAUGUUGCAGCUGUGGGGAAAAUGUGCCUCUUCUGUCAUUUUUGACGUUUUUGCUCUGUUGUGGCCUUGCACUUGGACAAAUACGCUAUUCAUUUCAAGAGGAAUCUGACAAAGGAACGGUCGUGGGUGACAUUGCGCAAGAUUUGGGGCUGGACGUUGCAAAGCUCUCGGCUCGGAGUAUCAGGGUAACGGCAGAUGGAGGAAAACGGUAUGUGGACGUGAAUCCGAAAAACGGAAAACUGUUCGUAAACGAACGAAUCGACCGAGAGGCGCUGUGUGACAGGACCGGCGGGUGCGUUUUAAAUUUCGAUUUGCUUCUCGAGAACCCAUCCGAGGUACACAGCAUCGAGGUGGAGGUGGUCGACGCGAACGACAACGCGCCGCAAUUCCCGAGAGAUGAGUACCAGUUGGAAAUAACGGAGUCGGCGUCGCCCACUUCUCGUUUUCCCGUCGAGCACGCGCUGGAUCCUGAUGUCGGGACCAACUCGGUCCGAAUUUACCGGCUCGGGCCAAACGAGCAUUUUGCGCUCGAUUCCAACAAACCGUCGCCCAACAGCAAGCACGUAGAGCUCGUGCUAAAAAAGCCUCUGGACCGCGAGCAGACGCCGUAUCAUCAGUUGAUUCUGACAGCGUCUGACGGCGGCACACCAGCGCUGACAGGUACGGCGAAAAUUAAUGUGCGCGUCUUAGACUCGAAUGACAACAAUCCAGUGUUCGACAGCUCCGUGUACAAAGUGAAACUGCUGGAAAAUUCACCGAAAGACACACUCGUUAUUAAAUUAAACGCCACGGAUCAGGAUGAGGGCACAAACGGCGAGGUGUUCUAUUCGUUUAGCAGUUACACUCCGGAAAGGGUCAGGCAGGUGUUCAGCAUGGACACCAACACUGGAGAAAUCCGAGUCCGGAGCAAUGUGGACUAUGAGGAUACCAACUCGUAUGAGAUGUACAUUCAGGCCAUGGACAAAGGACCGGCUGCAGUUGCGGCCCACUGCAAAGUGGUGGUUGAGGUGGUGGAUGUGAAUGAUAAUGUUCCAGAGAUUGUCCUCUCAUCCUUGUCCAGCCCGGUGCGUGAGGAUGCCCGUGCUGACACCGUUGUGGCCUUGAUCAGUGUCACAGACCGGGACUCUGGCCCAAAUAAGCAAGUGACGCUGGAGAUCCCACUUGGCCUUCCUUUCAAAAUCAAGUCCUUCCGGAACUACUACACAUUAGUAACCUCUGCCUUCUUGGACCGUGAGACCACAGCAGCCUAUAACGUGACCCUCAGUGCCACAGACGGUGGCACACCUCCACUCUCCUCCCGGAAAACCAUUCAGGUGGAUGUGGCAGAUGUUAAUGACAAUCCACCACGGUUUGAACAGACCUCUUACACUGUGUAUGUUAUGGAGAACAACGCACCUGGAGCCUCUCUUUGCACUGUCAAAGCUCUUGACUCAGAUGUCAAUGAGAACGCCCGCAUCACCUACACUGUUCUGAAUGACAACAACCAUGGCAUUCCUGUCACUUCCUACGUUUCCAUCAAGCCAGACACAGGUGUGGCUUAUGCUCUCCGUUCCUUUGAUUAUGAGUCACUAAGGGAGUUUCACUUUCAGGUAAAAGCACAGGAUGGGGGCAUUCCACCCCUCAGCCGUGUGGCCACUGUAUAUAUCUAUGUAAUGGACCAAAAUGACCACCCUCCAGAGAUUGUGUACCCUCCAGCCAAUGGGACACGUUCUACAGAGACAGUGUUGAAGAACAUUGAAGCAGGUGCUCUGGUCACCAAGGUGGUAGCAUAUGAUGCAGAUGCUGGACAGAAUGCUUGGCUUAUUUAUGUUUUGGAUCAGUCUACUGAUCUGGAGUUGUUCAAAGUGCAUGAGCACACGGGGGAGAUCCGUACAACACGCAGAGUCCUGGAAGACAACUCGACCUCAUUCAGUCUCAUUGUGCUGGUGAAAGAUCAUGGAGAUCCCCCACUCUCCUCUACUGCCACUAUCAACAUUGCUGUCAUGGAAGUCCCACCUAAAGUCACCCCUGACCCCAAGAGGAUAAUGCGCCCUCACAGCACACCUCUCUUUUCUAAUGUAACACUCUACCUAAUUGUAGCACUCAGUGCCACAACUUUCGUGUUUCUGGUCACAGUGGUGGUAUUGGCCAUAGUGCGGUGUCAUGCCUAUUGUACCCAACCUGGCUCAUGUUCACCCUGCUGUGUGUCUCAGAAGGGCACACAAGAUGGUGGGUCUGGAGGAGGUGCAGGUGGAGGGUCUCAAGGCAACAACAACGUGGUCCUCCGCCGAGAUCUCAAAGUCGAACCUCACUAUAUUGAGGUUCGUGGAAAUGGCUCUCUGACUAAGACCUAUUGUUACAAAACCUGCUUGACUGCCACAUCAGGCAGUGACACGUUCAUGUUCUACAACACGGGCCGGCCCAUCAGUGGUACCUGGGGUUCAGAGCGCUUCUUCACAAGUGGCAGUGGCUUUGUGCGCAGGCUCAGCAUGCCAGAUGCAGCAGUACAGCCCAAGGGACCGAAUGCUGACUGGCGGUACUCUGCAUCUUUGAGGGCAGGAGUGCAGAGCUCUGUUCACAUGGAGGAGGCCUCAGCUGUGAUGCAGGGAGCACAAGGUGUGCUGGUGCAGAAUUGGCCUACAGUGUCCAGUGCUGCAGAUGGAGAGGCUGAAGGACAGCUCUCUCCUCCUGUUGGAGCUGGGAUCAACAGUAAUAGCUGGAGCUUCCGUUAUGGUGCUGGACCAGGCUACGGUCCUCCACAGGCCCUGAAGCCAGGCGAGAUCCCUCCUGAAGCCUUCAUCAUUCCUGGCUCGCCUGCUAUCAUCUCCAUCCGGCAAGACCCAGGAGCCAUGGAUGACAAGGGGGAUUUUAUUAGCUUUGGCAAGAAAGAGGAUCCCAAGAAGAAGAAAAAGAAGAAGAAGGAGAAAAAGGACAAAAAGGAAAAGGGCAAAGAUGAUGGCGAGGAGUAAAGGAGAAUUUGGUUGUUUCAAAAACAAUCUACCCAGUGAACUCACUGAAAUGAAAAAUCAAGAAAAAUCGGAAAAGUAAUACAGCAUAGAGCGGAGAGUCCUUUAAUUGCAACUCUCAAUGUGGGGAGAUUGAUUUGCCAGCCCCGCCCAGUGCUGAUCAUUCUCUCUUCUCUUUGUACCCAACCUCAAAUGGCUCCAAUCUUUAAACCAUGACGGCUCCCAGUAGGCAAUAAAUUGGCUAUUUCACUACUCAGUGUGUCCAGGAGGUUUUCACUCCUCGUGUUUCUAUGAGGUAGUUAUAAAUCUAACAACAAUACAUUAUAGCAUUUAUUCUAAAUAUAUCCAUAAAUUGCAUAUAUCUGUAAGUCUAAUAUAUAUGAGCGGAGUCUUUUUCUGAUUCUAGACAUCCUCCCGACUCCAUUACUAUGCCAGGAAUUUGUACUGUAAACAACCAAAAAGUGAAUGAAAUAUGAUCUGGCCAGCAUUAUGUGUAUGUGUGUGAUGCGGAGGAGAACCAUUCAGGGGUAGUACAAUAGUCAUGUUUAAACUGAAUAAUUUCAGGGUUUGUGCUCACAGAGCCCCCUGCUGCCUUUGAGUGGCACACUAAUGCUGAAUCCUCAUGUGUGCUUUACUACUUGCAAAAAACCCCCUCCAAAACCGACAUUUAAAUUCUUCUUCGCUUGAACGUAUAUUUCUAAACACACACACUUGCUCCAUAUGUUGAAUUCAUGGUCAGAUCUAGUAGUAAAGUAGAAUCCACUGUCCAAUAAGUCCGAUAUUAAUAGACCAUAUUAAGGCCGUUGUAGGAGCACAGCCUCUUAUGUCAUAUACGCAGGAAUGUUGCUUGUUGCUUCAUUUCAAAGUAGGCCUGUUAAACUUUCACCUCUGCUGUGACUCACCCCUCAGUAUGCCAGACCUUUGGCUUUCAGUGCUUGUAGGUUUGCUCACACUCUUUAGGUCCUCCUCCAUGUUUACAGCCGUGCACAAACAGAACUGCCCUCUUGUGGCCGUGAUGUGGGACUGAAUAACGGUGAUAAACCCACUCCCUGACUUGUAACCUCUACACUCAGAUCAAGCCUCAGCACUGUUACUGGAACUUUCGAUCCUUCCCCAGGGAGCAUACGUACACGAGCCACUUCCAUCCAAGUAAAGCAAUUGCUCAAGCAGCAGUGAAAAGUGUUCUGACUUGUUCUUUUGAGGAGGUGGUGUAGACAUAAAUAUUCAAUUUUGAGGAGUGUGGUUUGGUAUACAGAGAUGUACAGACAGCUGAAUAUGGUAAUAAAAACCAAGCUGAGCUGCAUGAUAGCAUUGGAGACCUCAGCAGAAGGUUUCAUGUCUGUGAUUUCUCUUUUUUCCUUUCUUGAGGGAUUCCUGAUCCCUCUACUUUAUUUUUUUUCCAAAAUGUUACUUUAAUUUGUCUUGGCAGUAGGGCUAUUGAUCAAGGUAUAGGAUGGAUGUUAGUGCUGCUAUAAUCGAUAACACACACACACACGCGCACACACACACACACACACACACACACACACACACACACACACACACACACACACAGUACAGCCUUCUUCAGGUGUGGUUUAGUGCUGUCAGAUCACUAAGUGACUGCUUGCAUGUGUGAUACACAGAUUAAAUAAACGAUUAUAUAGAUAUAGAUAUAUAUAGAUAUGCUUUUCAUAUUUAUUUUUAACCAUUCCUCUUGUAAUUAGAGACAUGCAUCGUCUCUAAUGAAACACGUAGACAUGUAUCUAAUUGCUCAUUCAGAUUCAACUGUACAAGCACAUACUGUAGGUCAUUGAUGCAAAACCACCAGGGGAACAAUGUUGUCCCUAUGACAUCAUUGUUAACCUUAACAUGAUAGAUAUAUGUAUUGCUGUAGUGAUAUGCUAUAAUUCUUUUUUUAAACCAUAAAUAUAUUUGAAAAUCAUGAACAAACCAAGUAAUGUGGAACUGCUUCAUAUAUCCCCUCCUAUGAUAUCAACCUUGUUUUCCAUUAAAACAAUUUUAAAAAAUCACAAUAAAAACAUCAAAAUGAUAAAUGCAACAAAAAAAAAACUGUCUAUGUACUCUGCUUGUGUGUAGUGAAUGUUUAUUAAGUCGAUCAAUGCUGAGAUGGCCAUUUGCUCUUGACUUUGACGGUGCAAAUCUAUUGAACAACCUUUUUUUGUACACCUGCUCAUCAGUGUAGUCGUGAAAUCGUGUUUUUUUUUUCCUUUUCUUCCCCCCCUUUUUUAUAUCACUUUAUGAAAUCUAUUAAUGUGUUUUGUUUAUAAACCACAAAUAAAUUUUUUUCAUAAGUA